CUGUCACAGCGACAGUUCACUUCGCACACAGGCUGACCAGGAAGUCUCAAAACAACGUCCUGUCUGUCAGCCCCUGAUCAUGGUAUUUUUUGAAGGCUGCACACACAAUCGAGCAAUGCGACCUGUUUCAAAAUGAGUAAGAGGAAAGCCAAAGAGAUCAGUGAUGCAACGGCUUUCAAGAGCCGCAAGGUGACAUCUGUUGAAAAUGUUCCACGAGAGAAAAACCAUCAGGUGACCUCUUCCAACAGCUUCUGCCACUCUACUAAUACAGGAGACAUCGGCCUCAUCGAAAGCAUCACUCUAAAGAAUUUCAUGUGCCACCACUUUCUCGGUCCGUUCCAUUUUGGGCCCAAUGUGAAUUUCAUCGUUGGAAACAAUGGAAGUGGAAAAAGUGCCAUUCUCACAGCUCUGAUUGUCGGCCUCGGUGGAAAAGCCACCGUGACAAACAGAGGACUGUCGCUGAAGGAUUUUGUGAAGACAAAUGAAAAUACUGCGGAUAUAACAGUGAAGCUGAGAAACCGAGGACCGGAUGCUUACAAAAAAGAUGUUUACGGCGACUCCAUCUCCAUUGAGCAUCGGAUCUCGGGUGACGGAUGUCGGACCUGCAGGCUGAAGAAUAAAUCAGGGCAACUUAUCUCAAACAAGAAGGAAGAAUUAACGGCAAUUUUGGACCAUUUUAACAUCCAGCUGGAUAACCCAGUGUCCAUUCUCAGCCAAGAAAUGAGUAAGCAGUUCCUGCAUUCAAAAAAUGAAUCGGACAAGUAUAAGUUCUUCAUGAAAGCAACUCUUCUGGAACAGAUGAAGAGAGAUUACAUCCACAUUAAACACACUAAAACAGUCACACGACAGCAGGUUGAGAGACAAGAGGAGUGUCUCAAGGACCUGAAGCAGGAGUUUCUGCAGAAGAAGGAGCGAUACGAAAAUCUGGCGUCCUUCAGUGACAUGAAGGCGGCUGUGGAGAAUCUGAAGAAAGCCAUGGCGUGGUGUUUGGUCAGGGAGAAGGAGCAGCUCCUGCAGCAGCUGAAGGAGGACAUUGUAAAUGAAGAGAAUAAUUGCAAACAUCAGGACAACCUUCAGCUCUGUCAGAAUAAGAUCAUACAAGUGGAGAAGAAGCUCCAGUUCAUCAGGAGCAGAACUGACAAUCUGAGAGAAGAACAAGACUCUAUGUUAGAGGGAAAUCUUAAACUGAGAGAGCAAGUGAAGGUUAUUAGAAAAGCCCACAAGGAACAGGAGCUUGUUUAUUUUCGGGCUCUGAACAAACUCAAGCAGUCAGAGCAAGAACAAAACAUUCUACUGGAGAAAAUUAACAAGUCAAAAACCAGCGAGAGCGCGAACAGUGACGGAGAAACUGAAUAUACUAAACAGCAGAAGACCUUGUGUGAUCUGAGGGAGCAGCUUGCAGAGCUUCAGGAUAAAUGCUCGCAGCUGAAUGAGGAAAUUAAGAACAAACACCAGGCGCUUUUCACAGGAAAGGAGGAGCGGGACAAGCUGAGCGUGGAAGAAAGGAACGUCCAGGCGCUGUACGAGUCAAAGCUAAAGAAGAAGAAUCAGCUCCUCGCCAGCCGGUCGAACAAACUUAAGCGGUUUGGAGACCAUGUCCCCGACCUGUUGGCCGCCAUCGGUCAGGCCUGUGCCACGGGACGCUUCCUCAAGAGACCCGUUGGUCCAAUAGGGGCGUGCAUCAGCUUAAAAGAUCCCACGUUAGCCGUGGCCGUGGAGUGCUGCCUGCGGGGCUUCGUCAAGGCCUUCUGCUGUGACAACUACAAAGACGAGGCCGUCCUUCAGGAGCUCAUGUCCCACUAUUACCCGAAGGGCAACAGGCCGCAGAUUAUCGUCAGCCCUUUCUCUGAUAAACUCUACAACAUUCAUGGACGGAAGGCGCAUCAUCCGGAAUACCCGUCUGUGCUGGACAUAAUCACAGCAACGAGCCCGGUCAUCAUCAACUGCCUGAUUGAUAUGCGAGGGAUAGAAUCAAUUCUCAUAAUUAAAGAAAAAGACAAAGCGCGGAGGGUCAUGCAGCAAGGCCGUCCGCCUAAGAACUGCCGGGAGGCCUUCACUGCUGAAGGAGAUCAGGUGUAUCCGAACCGUUACUACACCUCCGACUUCAACACGGCCGUGUAUCUUGGUGGAGAUCUGGAGGCUGAAAUAAGCAUGUUGGAGUCAGACCUGGAGAAUCACCAGGCUCAGCUCUCCAGGUUUCAGCUCCAAGUGAACUCUGUGACUGAAGACAUCGUGAACAUGGAGAACAACCUGAACAGCACCGUCAUGACCCUGAAGAAGACCCUGGCCUCUGUGAAUCAAAUCAGAGCAGCAAUAACUGAGCUGGAGACGGCCGGCGAGGAGCAAGUCAACGACAUACGCUCCUUGGAAGAAGUUGCCCAAGAGAACCUGCAGAAAAUCGAGGCCGAGAGGCAAAUCGUUCAAGAGGCAAAGACGGAACUUGACCGGCAACGUGAAAUGGUGGAGGACGCAGACGCCAAGUAUUCUUCAAUCAGGGAACGGAUUGAUCAGCUUUCAGAAGAGAUGGAGCCGCAGAAGGACGAGCAGCUGAAACUGGAGGCGGAGUGCGCGAAACAUGAGCGAAACCUUAAAAUUUUAGAGAACAAAGUGAAGGUUCACGAGGACAACAUCCAAGCCAUGAGAAGUGACCUGGCCCAAAGAGAAGAAGAGCUGCAGGAGUACGUGGCCAAAGCGACGGAGAUCAGUCCCGAGCGGCAGCAGGUGAGCGGCAGCACCAAGAGCAUCGACUCGGAAAUCACCCGACUGAAGAAGAAGAUCAAGGUGUACGAGAGCAACCACGGCGAGCAGGAGCAGGUGGUCAGGGAGUACGCCGAGGCCCUCGCUCUCUACAGAGAGAAAACCAACCAAGUGAGGGAUCUGAGGAGGUUCAUCGAUCGGCUCGAUAACAUCAUGUCGGACAGGCAGAACAGAUACAAAAUAAUGCGUAGGUCCCUCUCUGUCAGAUGUAAGUUAUACUUCAAUAACUUCCUGAUAAAGAUGAACUGCUGCGGCUCGAUGAUCUUUGACCACAACAACGAGACCCUCUCUAUCUCUGUGAAGCCUCCAGGCCGGGAGGAGGACGGUGUGAGUGACAUGAGGUCCCUGUCCGGAGGCGAGCGCUCCUUCUCCACCGUCUGCUUCAUGCUUUCCCUGUGGGAGAUCACAGAGUCGCCCUUCAGAUGCCUCGACGAGUUCGACGUCUACAUGGACAUGCACAACCGGAGGAUUUGUCUGGAUCUCCUCCUGGAGCUCUCAGAGCGGCAGCACCUUCGACAGUUCAUCUUCAUCACGCCGCUGACCACCAGCAAUCUGCCCAAAACAGACCUUAUCAAAAUCCACCAGCUUCGGGACCCAGAAAGAGAGCGAGGUCAAACGGGAGAUGAAGAUGAUCCACAACACGAGGGAGGAGGGUUUUUCCUGAAGGUUUGAAGAAGGUCAUAGGUCUGAUUUCUGCUACAUAACCAUCACUCUAAGGAAGGAAGCACAGUGUUAGGUCUGGUUUGAGUCAGAUAUUAUCUUUUGAGUUCUCAGUUUAUGAAAUUAGUGAUGCAACUUCUCCUUUUCCGAAAUUUAAGGCGUCUUUGUUGUUAGUUGUGUUUUUUUAUGUUUAAUAAUGAAGUACUGAGUAGUAACACGGUUGAAUCACUGGAACCUUUUUUUUGUUUAUGUUAAAUUUUCAACAGUUUUUGUUGUUAAUAAGAGUUGUUACAUGAAUUAAUUUUUAAAAAUUAUGUUGUCAUCUACUUUUACCUCACAAGUCCGCCACCACGGGACUUUUAAUCGCUCUACUCCGCCGGUCAGUGUUAAUAUUCCAACAAUGGACGAUGUUGCUGCAUAGAUCUAUGCUAGAUCCGUGCUAGCCCUCGUCAUUCAGUAACUGUCAGCCAAAACCUGAAGCCAUUGUUGCAAUAAA